AAUGAUCUGACGACGAUGUCUUUUGUAAGAAACUAGGUCGAGACGAAGCAACAAGGAAGUAAGCAAUUCGCAAAUUUGACAUGAUGGCUGCGAUUGGAAACUUAUGGCAAUACUUAAUCGGGGCUGGUGUAGUACUGGUCCUUUUUGUAAACCAAGGGGAAAGCCGCAGAAUGCAUUGUAAUGCUACCCAGGUUCCUUGCAAGAAUAACACCAAGUGCGUCUCAAAGACAGCUGUCUGUGACGGAGUCGACGAUUGUCCUGAAGGCUCUGACGAAAUAAACUGCAGUCAAAGCGUCAUUCAGCCAACCCCCCCGAGAUCCUCCGACUCAUCCAAGUCGCAUCAUGAUUAUAUACCAGAAUGGUUGCGAAAGUACGGGUACUCUCCAUAUACACCGUCCUGCGAAGAUCUCUGGACUACCAACUAUUGCACGGACCGCAGUUCGACUCAAUGUUGCCAGUCGUAUGGGUAUCUGGGCAUGGCGGGUUCAAGCUGCUGUGCAUCAACGCAGACCCCCUACACCACAUGCAGGGAUAGUUACGGCCUUCCGCAUCUUUGCACCAGGUCCUGGUCUACUCACUGCUGCAGUGGUUCCUGUUGCCGCUCUUCCCGCCAUACCUCUACAACAGGAGGAUUUGGAAGCUCAACAAGCGCCGUGAGUUGCAGUUAUUUGUUGGAGGACAUCGUUUAUACUACCGAGACCUGUUCGUGGUACAACUUCGUCUCCCCGAGUUGCUGUGACGCUUACGGCGCCGGCGGCUUCGGGGCCCAGACUUGCUGCGAAGCUUCAAGUUCCUCUUCGACCGACUCAACCACAUCUGACGAUCCAUGGUACAACGAUGAUACAGGAAGUGAUUCCUCCACUGGAGGAAGUGGUGUUGUAAUUGAAGGCGUUGGUGGUUCUGUAGGACUGAUGGUUGUGUUGGCCAUAAUUUGUGUUGUGAUCCGCGUAGCCCGGGUCGGAGCGCGCUGCCAUAACUUGUCGUCGACGGGCGAAAGACGAACAGGAAGAGGGCGGCGUAUCUUGGUGAUUCGGACCCAAAACAAUCCGGUCAGCGCUGAAAACCCAGGCUACGUGGCUCCCCAAAGCGCUUCGACUGCAGUCGCAAGACCGCCAGCCUACGGUGAUGUCGUUGGGCCUUCAGCCGAGGGCGCUGAUGCAGCCCCUCCGUCCUAUGAACAAACUGUGGACACCGCCAAACUUGUGGAUGCUCGAGCUUAGCCUAAGUGACUAAACUGCAGAGAUAUGAUGAUCGAAACCCCAUUAUCUUAUAUUCUAAAAUACAUGUACCUAGAUUUAGAACUAACCGCAUCUUACACUGUAUAUAUAUGCAAACGAAGCCUCGUUUUGAAUUCAGCGGAUGGUUAGGCAACCAUUGAAUCUUAUAAAAAAAACCCAAAUUUUUCGUUGUUUAAUUUGAGUUAUUUUAGAAUAGAAAUUGAUACCUCACUGUCGGUAUUCGUUGUCUCACCCAAGCCGCGAGGGUGGAGCUGAAUGUUGCCCAAAACCUCGGCUCUACCUUGUGUCGGUCUACAUUUUAGCUCCACCCUCGCGGUUUUGGUGAGACAACCAAUACCUCCAGUGAGGUAUCAAGUCCUUAAUCAAUCCUGUGUAUUCAAGUCCCAUGUACUGACUUUUCUUCCGAAAAAAGUACGCCUGAGUAUGGAAUGGUGAUAAAGGUAGACAUUUAGACAUCACUCAUUUUCUGAUAACACUGAAUAAUCACAACUACGCAAGUUGAGCACAUGGUCCAUGGACCAUUUCAUUUUUAAAACGGUGUUCUUCUCGACUAUAGUCGAACCAUCCAUGGCGAAGGGUGAAUUUUAUUUUGAUCAAUGUCGCUUACUUGACUGAGGCGGCAAGGAAGAUUGAGGCUGAAGUGAGGUGAAUAAGCGAAAUUAUUGGAUAUGGAAGGCUGCUUCCCGACAUCGAGCGGUAAAGAUGGGAAUCAGUUUUAGCAUGUUGUAUAAUAAUGUCGGCUCAUAACAUUAGGAACAAGGUCACCAUAUGUCUUGAUGUCCAAAUAGACAAUGUAUAAAAACAUGCAUCAUGACAUUUACAUGAAUAUAAGGCUAUUGAAUAUUCAUGAAUAUUAGGCUAUUGAAUAUUCAUGAACAAACUUUUCAUAAAUAUCUGUCGCCUCAUAGUCUAUCAGUUGAUAAUUUCAAAUAAAUAAUCAGCUUAUUCCAGGUAGCAAUCUAUACUAUGAAUUUUUGCUGGUAUUUAUAAUCCAUAGGUCAAUUGGUUUUUCCAGGUGCGUCGAAAUAUCACCCAUAUCGGAUUCUUGAAAUUUAAGGUAUUUUCCCGCCAUGCGAAUAGUAUCACCAAUAAUUAGAUGUAUAGUUCAGGAAAUGUUAAUAAAAAAUCAUUUUUUAUAUCGUCUUUUGAGAGCAAUCUAUACUAUGAAUUUUUGCUGGUAUUUAUAAUCCAUAGGUCAAUUGGUUUUUCCAGGUGCGUCGAAAUAUCACCCAUAUCGGAUUCUUGAAAUUUAAGGUAUUUUCCCGCCAUGCGAAUAGUGUCACCAAUAAUUAGAUGUACAUGUAUACAGUUCAGGAAAUGUUAAUAAAAAAUCAUUUCAUAUCGUCUUUUCAGAGCAAUCUAUACUAUGAAUUUUUGCUGGUAUUUAUGAUCCAUGGGUCAAUUGGUUUUUCCAGGUGCAUCGAAAUAUCACCCAUAUCGGAUUCUUGAAAUUUAAGGUAUUUUCCCGCCAUGCGAAUAGUAUCACCAAUAAUUAGAUGUAUAGUUCAGGAAAUGUUAAUAAAAAAUCAUUCCAUAUCGUCUUUUGAGAGCAUUUUUAAUUGUAAAAAAUAUAUGCCUACGUCACAGAGUCUCUGCAAUGGUCAUUUUUAUCACAGAAGCCUCGCGCAGCCAGAUGUUCUUCACUUAUUAGUCUGGCGCAUGCCAGACCUUCUUUGUACGAGACGUUUUCCAGCACGAUGUACAUGUAUAUGUGGGCAGAAGCAACACUGCGCAAGAUUACCUCGAGCAGGGGCUAAAAUAGAUUAUGAGACAAGACCACUAAUGAAUAUUCAUAGCCGGUUGGAGGGUCGAGGCCUAUCAAUUAGACGAGUGCAUGUUUUUAACUCUCAAGUACAUAUUUGGAGAGGUAUUGAAAAAAUAUUUGUUGUGGCAAGUCUACAGAUAUAAUUUCGAAUUUUGCUAAUUGGGUAAUAGGGGGCGUGUUUUGAGUUUUUUCUGCCAGUUGGCUGAAAAGAGUGGAAAUAUCAAAGUCUGUCUAAUUUGUCGAUUAUCAAAAAAUUUCCGUGGUCAAUCACCAGUUUAUUUUUCACCAUUUACUUGCCCGACUGUCCGGAAUAACAUAAUCUAAAUUUCAGAUUCACAACACCACGCAUUCUUUGAUGCGUCGCGGUCAAACAUUGACAAUCUAACUGCUAAAAGGCUUAAAAAAAUCAAUUGUGGUCUUGUCUCUUAUGCUAAAGAGCAUACUUCCUCAUUUAGUUUUCCCAGAAUGGUGCAUGUCGCGCGCAGCUACUUAGCCUAAUACCAUUAGGCCCCGCAUGGUGGCGCUGAGGCGGCCGCUGUAAUCUGUUCUGCUCUUUUGUUGAUUAUUCUAAAGCCUUUGAUCGCAUUCCCACUACACAACUGCAUUACAAACUGAUAAAUAGCGGACUAAACGGAAAACUUCUUAACAUUGUAAAAUUUAUUUAUGAUAAUGCCAAAUCUUGCGUUGCAACAAAUGCAACAGUGUCAAACUUUUUUAGGUGUGAUAUAGGUGUGCGCCAAGGAGACAACUUGUCACCAUUCUUCAAAUAUCAAACUACCAUCAAAUACUUAUUUAAUUGACGCACCCGCUGAUAAUAAAAAGUGCCCAAAAUGUUAUAAUAACGAGCUUGGCGAUGAAUUUCAUUUCCUAUUCAAAUGUCCUCUAAUAAAAGAAUUACGGAAACAGUUUAUACCAAAAGAAUUUCU